AUGUCUGCUGCUGCCGCACUCAAUGGAUAUACGUAUGACGAUGCUAUGGCCCUCGGGCUCAACCUUGGUCUCGUCUUGGGUCCUCUCGUGAUUGCGUCAAUGAUUAACACCUUCGUUUACGGUAUCUGUAUCAUGCAGCUCUACGAGUACUAUUUUGCCUGCUUCCAUGAUGGCUGGAAGACUACCACAUUCGUCUCAUACCUCGCCAUCCUUGAUACCUUCGCCGUAUGCCUCAACGCGUCCCUCAUAUGGUACUAUACCGUCUCCGGAUUUGGAGAUAUUACCGUCACUGCGAGCACACCCUGGAUGUACAAUGUCGUACCUAUCCUCAGUGUCAUGGCAUCCUGUCCAAUUCAGCACUUCUUGGCGUGGCGUAUCAAACGGCUCACGAAGUCUUGGAUCAUCUUUGGCAUUGUAUCUGCUAUAUCGUGGGCUUCAUGCAUUUCUGGCAUCGUCGCGUCUGUAUUGGCUUUGCAAGUAGGACAGGUUUCAAAUAAUACGAAUCUGCUGCCUUGGGCAGAUACAUGGUUGGCUGCCGCCACGGCUUGCGACGUUAGCAUCACGUGCAUGCUACUUGUCUUCUUGACGAAGAACCGGACGGGCUUCAGCCAAAAGACCGACAGCAUGAUCGAACAUCUUAUCAAAGUAUCCCUCGAGUCUGCCGUUCCGGUGACGAUUUUCACGGUGUGUGACCUGGCUAUCCUUACGACGAUGCCCACGAGCAACGUCCACAUGCUGUUCGCUCUUGGCAUGGGCAGAGUUUACACGAACACGGUCCUCACCACCCUGAACUCGCGGCUGAAGUACCGUGUCGGCACCACGCAGGAUUCUUCUUCCAACCACCAAACUAUCAAGCUCAAUCAAUACUCGCGCCGUCCGCAGACGCAGGUUCGCAUCGACGUUAACCAAGACAUGAUGGUCGACGGCGCUGGCUUCCAGAAAGGGUCAGAGCCUGCAGGUGAUGCUGAGUACGGAGCGCACGGCAGUUCUGAUGGUACUGACUUCAAGUCGCAUGCUGUCUGAUCACGAGGCACAACAUCGAAAAUCGGUCCAAAAGUCAUAAAUAGUAUCCC